AUGAAGUUCAGUCCGACCCUGGGCCUGCUGGCCCUCGUGGGCGGAGUAUCUUCCCUCAACGUCACGACGAGCGUGGACCAGCUGCGGUCGAAACAGAACACGACCGUGGUCCCCAACACGUUCAUCGUCGAGCUGCAGCCGGACUUCCACCCGGGGCUUCAGCCCAAGGACCGGUUCGCAAAGACCAAGCCGGGAGCCAAGCCCAACUACCGUGUGCGCCAUCAGUAUAACGCUACCGACAUCUUCAACGGCGUGUCGGUUUCGUUCGAUUCGCCCGUCAACCUCACGACGCUGAGGAAUACUGCCGGCGUCAAGAACGCCUGGAGCGUCGCCCUUGUGCCGCGGCCGGAGCUGCGGGGCCUACGGGGAUCCCCGGGCUCCAACAAGAAUGAGACGAAGCUGCCGGAUUGGCGAGGCAGCGCAGAUGUCAACCGCCCGCUGGAAAUGGGCAACGUGAAGAAGCUUCACGACAAGGGCAUCAAGGGCAAGGGUGUGCAGGUGGCCCUCAUCGACACCGGCGUCGACUACACCCAUCCCGCGCUGGGAGGCGGCUUUGGGCCAGGCCACAAGGUUGCCUUGGGCUACGACUUCGUGGGGGAUGCGUACGACGGCUCGAACGAUCCCGUCCCGGAUGACGAUCCCCUGGCAACAUGUGCAGGCGGUGGACACGGCAGUCACACGUCAGGCAUCGUGGCCAUGCAAGAUCCCAAGGAUGAGGGCUUCGGCCUCGUCGGCGUAGCUCCUGAAGCCACACUUGCCGCCUACCGCGUCUUUGGCUGUGAGGGAAGCGUCACCAACGACAUUCUGAUUGCGGCCAUGAUCCGGGCGGCGCAGGAUGGCGCCGACAUUGUGUCCAUGUCCCUUGGACUCUUUGACGAGUGGGAGGAGACCAACCCCUUUGAGGAUCUUGUGGCCAAUCUGGCCAGCCAGGGCGUGGCAGUUGUCGCCUCCAUAGGCAACUUUGGAACUGCUGGGCCGUACUCGACGUCAACGCCCGCCAUCUCGCUCAGUGCCAUGUCGGUGGGCUCUAUUGAGAACGAACUCUACCCAACCGCCUACACGGCUCACGACGACCAACACCAGGCCAUCUCCUACAUCGACAUAUUCCCCGCCAACGACCUGGGCCGCGUUGAGGUAAUCCAGCUGGGAUACGGCCUGAACACCACCAUCACUCCCAACAUCACGAGCGGAUGCUACGAGGAACCCUGGGACGCCCUUUCCAGCGCGCAAAUAGACUGGAACACGACCAUUCUGCAGGUCUCGUUGGAGACAUGGUGCGGCACCAACUGGAGUCCCUCCAUCGACCUGGGCGUCAAGGCGCUCCUGGUCACCAUGUCCGAGCCCCAAGAACUCAUCGUCGACGAGCCAGGGAGCAGCCCCAAGGCCUUGUACUUGGACCCUGAGAACUCGAAGCUGUUCCUGAGCCGCUUCGCGAAGCAGCCCGCCGACAAGAAGUACGCACUGACGUUUGACGGCACCAGGGCCGUCGAUGUCGCGAACUUCUUUGGCGGCGCCCCUGACGACUACUCCAGCUUCGGCCCGACGAUUGAGAUGACGCUGGAGCCCAAGAUCUCGGCGCCGGGCGGAACCAUCCUGUCGACGUAUCCCGUGGACGCGGGCGCCUAUGCGGUGCUGUCGGGAACCUCCAUGUCUGCCCCGUUCAUCUCUGGCAGCCUGGCGCUGGUCAAGUCGCAGAACCCGCACCUGACCGUGCCGCAGCUCUUUGCGCGGCUCAUGACGACGGCCAAGCAGGUCAACGAGCUCAACUCCACGCUGGUCGCGUCUACGAUUCGUCAGGGCGCGGGCAUAGUUGACGCCUACGCGGCCGUCACGGCGGACACGGUCAUCAGCCCGGCCGAGCUCAACCUGCGCGACUCGGCCGCGCCGCCGCCGCAGAAGAUCACCAUCUCGAACCAGUCGCGCUCCCCCAAGCGCUACUCGCUCCAGCACGUCCCGGGGAGCUUCUACCGCCUCUCCAACAACUACCUGUCCGGUAUUGAGGACAACUACUCCUCGGCGAACCUCCCCCUGACAUUGGAUAUACCCGCUUCCGCCUCGUUCUCGCAGUCGUCGGUGACUGUUGGGCCGGGCCAGUCUGCCACGUUCGAGGUUACGAUCAAGCCGCAGCCGGAUCAGUACCCGUUUGCGGACCCCGUGUACGGUGGCUUCAUCAAGAUCACGGCCGACGGCGACGAGUACUCGGUGCCGUACGUUGGCGUGCCAUACAACCGCACCGAGGUCGGCCCCAUCGUCCACAACGUGACGACCGUGAAGCCGUACGACUCCCCCGGGCUUCUCAAGUCACAGGCCACCAAUCUGUUCCUGGCCGAUACCUUGACGCCGACGCCCAACCUCGAGACGUACAACUGGUCGACGAACCUGAACGAGUCGUGGAUCCCCAUCUUCCGCAUCGACUCGAUCAUGACCCGCUUCCUGCGGCUCGACCUGGUGCCCGCCAACGUGUCCUUCGUGCCGUCCAUGUACGGCUUCGACCCGGACGUCAAGAUCGACUACAAGUUCCCCAACCAGACCGUCCUGCCGGACUACCUCGGUGCGCCCACGUACGGCUUCGUCUUGGCCAUGUCCCUCGAUACCCCGCCCGAGGGAAGCCCCAUCGUCCAGUCAGCCGACAUCGGUCACUUCUUCGCCCAGGCCUUCUUGGAUCCCUCCCUGACAAACGACGCAGGGGAGACGUAUAGGAUCGCGGCGGGUGACUACCGGGUGCUGUUCCGCGCACUGAGGUGGCAGGGCAACGAGACGAAUCCCGACGACUACGAGUCUUGGCUGGGACCGGUUAUGCGGUUCGACAUUCCGAGCGAUCUCCCGCCCGACUUUCCCAAUAGCUCUGAGUAG